AUGAUGAUGCUAAGAAGAUCAUUAUUGAUUGGUGGCGGAAGAACACCAGCACAGCUGUAUCAAGGCGCAAUCACAUCGAUUCACAUCAGUGGUAGAGCAAGAGCAAGCAAGAUCCCAGACUAUUUGAAGAAGGACGAUGACUUUGCCGACGACGAUCAGGGCGAGCCAGAGACGACAAUCUCAAAGGCAUCAAUGGACAAGAUCAAACAGAGAUUCACAGCAGCCUUCAAGCGACCAGACAUCACCAAGCAGGCACCACCUACCGAGGAGGAGGAGGCACUGCGUCUCUCAAUGUAUCAUUACGAGCAAUACCGUCAGAAGUUGCUCGACAAGAAGGAUGCUGAGGAGAAGCAAAAGCUACACUAUCAAUGGGAAGCAGUUGCCGAACUGCCAGAGGAUCUGAGGAAGACUGCGAUGUUGGUCGAUACGCAUGAUGAUGCACCCGAUUGGAUACCAUUCUGGACGACGACACCUCCAUCCAAAGACCCUCAAUCAAAGAUCGUGUACAAGAAGAAGGAGAAGCCCAAGAAGCGUUCAGAGGAGUUGCUCACAGGCAACCUGUUC